GUAUUCGGAACAAUUAGCUUAUGGUGCACAAAUGAAACCUGUAAUUAAGACAUUUUCAUACUAUAUGUGUGUCCAUUAAGGGUCUCAUUAGAGGCAGAGCUGACAUAAAAAAACAAACAAAACUAAACGCUAGAAAAUUGUGUUGGUCAAAACAAUUAUUUGUGACUUUUGUGCUAAAACAAAUUAAACACUAGAGUAAUAAAAGUUGAGAAAAAACAAAACCAUACAAAAUUCAACUAUUGAUUUUUAACGAAAUUUUCUUGCUAAAACAGAAAAGUGUAGAGGGUAAAGUGUAGAAGUGUAGCAGAGUUGAUGAAGGUAGGGAAGAAAGCGCUUGCGCUUUAACACAGAUUUUGGCAAAGAGUACGAAACACGAAUAGUAUGAAACGAGAAAAAUCACUACUUCCAAUAAUAAAAACUAAACGGUUUUAUGCAAUAAACACAGCUACAUAGAGAACGUUAUAAUAAAUAAUCGAAAAGCAAAAAAAAAAAAACAACAACGAGGACGACGACAACGUUUCGUUCAUACACAAAAAAUAUAGAAGCUCUGUGUGUAAAACCGACAAAUGCCACAAGAAGAAUCAACGUUUUUCUAACUACACAACACAACAUCAAACGAGUUGGACACUUAGAGCCAGAUAAAAGAACCAAGAAAAACAGAAAAAAUUAAAAAUUUUUAAGAAAAACAAAAAAAAUUAAUCAUAAGAGACUUGAAAUUUAAUAAUUAGAAAUUAAUAUAGAGGUUCGGUGUAUUAAUAAAACAAAAAAAUUGUAAUUGGAAAAGAAAACUAAAUUUUGGUUGAAACGAAAAAGUGGUAUUGGAAAUUAGAAAAUUUUCGCAGUGAUUCAUUCACCAUAUUGCAUUUGUGUAUAAAAAGUUUUUUUGCUAAGUGUGUUUUGACAUGUAGUAGUGGUGCAUUCGACUGGAUGACAGUGUUUUUCUGUUUCUACAAUUAAAAAAAAACACACACAGAUUUUUAAAAAUCAAUAAAAUUUAUUUUAAAAAAAUUCUGUUUCAAGAUUUAGGCAAAAAAAAAGUAGCAAAGAAAACAAAACGUAACGUAACGAAAAAAGAGAAAUUAAUUCAUGAAAUCAGCAAAAUGUGUUCUUAAAGUUAUAUAAUCUAAACGAAAGGAACCCCAGCAGGAGAAAAAAAAUCGUAAAAAAACGUGUGUGCUGCAUACAGCAAAAUUAACCUUAAAUGUAAAUCAUCAUUAAAAGCAGCAGUAGCAGUGGCAGUUAACGAAAAAAAAAGGCCAGCACGAAAAAACGAAACACGACAUCUAGCCAACACACAACCCACAUUGUUCCCGAAUUCUUUCUUACAGUCACAAUCAAUAAAUCUCGAGGCACAAGAAAUUACUCCAAAAUCCUAACUAGAAUUAUGGAAAUUUCUUAAUAACCUCGAAAUUAGUAACAAAAAAAAUAGCAGUCAUGGAAUUUUCAUAAUAAAACAAAACAAUUUCCUACAUCAUUUCAAUUAAAGCAAGUCAAGUCAAAUCAGAGAAAACAAAACCACAAACUUACAACAACUUCCAACUAAAACUUCACACACAACCCUCUAACGCUGCCUCACGAACUCUCACGCCCGCAACUAGCCAACCCUUCAAAAUCAAGUUUUAAAAAAUCAUCCGAACUAAUUGAAAAACUCCCUUAGAAUGGGCAAGAAAAAAGUACCCAGUGAAGAUUUAAUUGUACCACCACAAGAUCAACGAAUAUGUGGCACUAUUUGUGUAUGUCAAAUGACUUUGGUAUUAAGUUCGGUAGCCUUAGUUUAUCUUACGGUAGCCAUUUAUAUGCCCUCCACACGAGCGUUCAAAAGUGGCAUUGAUCAGACGCCCGUCAUGUGUACGACCACAAGAGCCGUGAACAAGGAGAAUUGUGACUGGGGCUCCUGUGGUGAGUGGUGCCUGAGCAAGACCUCAGGUGCCUGUAUACAGAUCUUUGUGAAUUUACGCAACAAUGGCACAAAUCUAUCCUUCCAGAAUUGCACGAACUCGGCCAACAAGACGUGCUACGGCAUUGAUCAGGACAGUGCGGACAAGGCGCGCUGCAUCAACGACGAGUGCAAGAAUUUGACCGGCACGUUUAAUUGCACCGCCGGCCAAUGUCUCAACAUAACGGAUGCAUUUGAAUGUGUGUUCAAGAAUAGCGAUUCGCCCGUCAAGUGUUCGGGACGCAGAGGGAAAAUCAAUUGCAUGGAUAUAUCGGGUUUGUUCUCGUGCAACCGCGGCACCUGUCGCAAAAUCAGAACGCCCUACAACUGCGAUCGCCGUUGCGUUGAUAUACCGACACGCAACAAGAACGUGGUCAUACUCAGCGGUGACAAGGUCCAUCUUUCUCAAUGUCAAACUGCCAUAAAUGCUGACACCGAUGAGGAAGUGUGGACCGACACCGAGGACAAUGUGGUCAUGGCCUCCUGCUACUACAUAAGAACCGCCUCCGAUCGUGUGGAUGCCGUCGACUGUGUUAAUGGGUCUACACUGGACCACAGUCUACUAACGGAUCUUACGAAUUUCACUUAUCUCAGUCAUUUGCAUAUAUCUGUGGCCACUCUUGUGCCGGAGAUCGCUCCGCCCGACAUUGAUCUAACCAUAUCAAACGAAUCGAAGCUCAUGAUCAAUCUCGAGGGCUGUGUCAACACACUAAUGGACGAGUGCAAGGAAUUUCUCAAGGAUUUCGGACGCGACGGCAGCGAUCACAAUGCCCGCGCCCGUUUUCCUUGUUACUAUUCGCCCAAUAAAAAGGACAUUGUAGUGGCACGCUUCAAUCUGGAAGUGACGUAUCGUCAGUUUGUGGUGGCCUCCGUGGUGCCGUCCGUGUUGUUUGUGGUUUCGUGUCUGGUCCUGCUGCUCUGCCAGAAGACCGUGUACGUGGGCGACGAUGCCAAGAUGCGUUUUAAGGGUUGCGUCGACACCGAUACGAUACUCUCGAAGAAUGCCCUGGACCAGGGCAUGGAUGAUAAUGGUGGUGUUGGCGGCGGUGGUGGGGAUGAAGUUAUGGCUCUAUGAGAUCCGUCACGCAUUCCUCUACUACAAGAAGACAGUCCAGUUCAUCAGCCCGGCAUAUUUGCAUUGCAAUAAAAAAACUUUUUGUUAAUUGUUUUAAAUAAGUUACAAAAACCAACACACAACAAUAACAACAACAAUAUUAUUGUAAAAAACAA